AUGCAUGUUGUGGGUGUCGAACCCGAUAUCACCGAUAUUCAAUACCUAGGCAUCAGAGAGCAGUUGAAGAUGUGUUCGAAGCACGUGAGCAUUUGGAGUCCCGAGUUCUCUGCUUGUGGCAUCCGUAACAUGCAGUUAGAGUUCUUCCCACAAGGUCGGGAAACAGCAACUCUUGAUGGCUUCUGCUCUGUCUUCUUAUGGUGUCCUGAGGGAACGAAUAUCAAAUACCAACUUUUUGUUGGCAAUUAUCACCGGGCACCUGAUGAGGAUACCUACGAUUCCCGUAUGGGCCAUGGACAUUCCAAUUUCUGUUUGCUCGAUGCCGAGAUUGAUAACGUCACCGACAGCGUCACUGUUGGCGUUGACAUCCUGGACGUGUCGAAAGUGUAUGAGAUGGGUAAUGGAGAGCUGAAGAUCCAUAGAUUGUCGUUGAACAAGCUUAUGCGACGGGAAAUGAUGGUGAUUGAGAAUCAUGAUGUGUCCACGGUGGAAUGGAAGAUAUCGCGGAUCUCUCAAAGGUUGGCUGCAACACCUCGUGGGGCAAGCCUAUACAGUCCUGUCUUCACAGCAGCAGGUAUUCGUGAUAUGCUGCUAGAGUUCUAUCCCAACGGCAAUGCUAACACCAAGAAGGAUGGAUAUUGCAGUCUCUAUCUCCGUUGCCCAGAAGGUACCCAGAUAGUCGUUACUUUGAUAGUGGGCUCGUAUAGGAAAGGGCCGAUAAUGGCUAAGUUCGAUGGGUCGGCUGGAAAGGGGCUCCCGGAAUUCUGUGAGUUGACAGCACAAAUUAAUAAAGAUGACGAUUCCAUUAUGGUGGGAUUGGAAUUGAAAAACGCCGCUUUGUCUGGUACCGACGGCAGUGGUAAGAAGACCGUCCUCAAGCUCGAGAGUGGUGGUCGAUCUUAUAGAUAAUUACUAUCAUUUUACAUGGGGUAGUCG